AUGCAGUACGUCAGGAACCUUAGCGACUCGGUCUCGUCGGCAUGGAACUCCAUCAACCCGGCCACCCUCAGCGGUGCCAUCGACGUCAUCGUCGUGGAGCAGGAGGACGGCUCUCUGGCCUGCUCGCCCUUCCACGUCCGCUUCGGCAAGUUCUCUCUUCUCCGCCCUUAUGAGAAGAAGGUCGACUUCCGCGUCAAUGGCGUGAAGCAGCCUUAUCCCAUGAAGCUCGGCGAGGAGGGCGAGGCCUUUUUCAUCUUCGAGACCAGCGACACCAUCCCCAAGGAUCUCCAGACCUCGCCGCUCGUCUCCCCCGCCUCGAGUCCUCCCUUGAAUGCGCGCCGCUCUCCUUCUCCCGGCCUUCAGGAACCCGAUCUCCUGGAACUCGACGAUGCUGCUGCCAAGUCGCGCCGCCCCGGGCCUUCUGUUCUAUAUUCAACUUCGGCACUCCGUGAAGAUGGCAUAUUGGCCUCCGCUACAUCUACAUCUACCCCCGGUCCGGCCCUCGAGCGCCCCCGGUCCGGCGAUUGGUCCCACGUGCUCCGAUCCCGCAGCAACGAUUUCCUCGGCAAAUCCUCCCGAUCGAGCGACUCGGACGCUGCCGAGGCACCGUUCGAACCAGGUAGCCCCCGGCUCUCCACCCGGUCCCAGAGUCCUCCGCCUCUCCCACCCACCGAGGCCGUGGCCCGGGCUACUGCCCUCUCCGAGAAGCUCUCGGCUGCCAACAUCCCCUGUGAAGUCACCGAGACGGGCGACCUCAAACUCGACAUGACCAUGCUGAAAACCAACGAAGAAGACGUCUUCCGGGCCGAAAUCAUGGCUCGCAAGAUCCUGUCGCAGGAGCUCGAGGGCAAUUACGACAUCGGCGCCCUGUUCGGCAUGGACGAACAGGGAAAUAUCUGGAUCUACAGCAGCGAGGAAGCCAAGGAGGCCGCCCAGAAGAAGACCCUGGACGCCGGGUUCCGCCGCGGCGCCGCCGCCGUCGUUGUCGCCGCCGAUGCCGCUUCCGAUCCCGGUUAUCAGAGUGACACUAGUGAUGCCACCACCACGGCCGAGUCUCGCUUGCACAGGAGAGCCGGGUCGGACAUCAGCUCCCAGACCGCUCCCAGCACGCCGCCCACGUCGACCGCCGGCGACCCCAACGUGAACUACGCCAAGACGCUUCGUCUGACCAGCGACCAGCUGAAGGCGCUCGACCUGAAGCCGGGCGAGAACAGCAUGAGCUUCACCGUCAACCGGGCCACCUGCCAGGCGAACAUGUUCCUCUGGAAGCACGAGACCCCCGUCGUCAUCUCCGACAUUGACGGCACCAUCACCAAGUCGGACGCCCUCGGCCACGUCCUCAACAUGAUCGGCCGCGACUGGACCCACGCCGGCGUGGCCAAGCUCUACAGCGACAUCGCCGCCAACGGCUACAACAUCAUGUACCUGACGAGCCGGUCCGUCGGGCAGUCCGACACCACGAGGGCCUACCUGGCUGGCAUCCAGCAAGACGGCUACAAACUGCCGCGGGGCCCGACCAUCCUGUCGCCCGACCGCACCAUGGCGGCCCUCCGCCGCGAGGUCUACCUCCGAAAACCCCACGUCUUCAAGAUGGCCACCCUCCGGGACAUCCGGCUGCUGUACGGGCCCGAGCACACCCCGUUCUACGCCGGCUACGGGAACCGACUCACCGACCAGAUCUCGUACCGGACGGUUGACGUCCCGCGGAACCGCAUCUUCACCAUCAACUCCAACGCCGAGGUGUGCCUGGACGUGCUGAGCCUCAACCGGCUCAAGCUGACGUACAUGAACAUCAACGAGGUCGUCGACCACUUCUUCCCGCCCGUCAGCACGCUGGUCAGGGGCGGCGGCGAGGAGUUUACGGAUUUCAAGUACUGGAGGGACGAGCCGCUGGAGCUGAACGAGUUUUCGGCCAGCGAUACGGAGGCUGAUGAUACGCCUGGUCGUGGACAAGUGCACCACGACGGCGGCGACGACGACGAGGACGAGGACGAGGAAGAUGAAGAUGACGAGGAGGCGGGUGACGGCCUCGCGGACAGCUAUAUCUCCCGGGACUCGUCGGCGGACGAGUACGACGACGACGAAGGGGAGAGCGAACUGAGCGAGAGCAUGGAGCAGAGCAUGCGUCGUUUGAGCCUUGACGAGUCGGAUGCGGACGACGAGGAGGAGUACGAAGACGAAGAACACGAAGGCGAGGGCGGAGACGGUGAGGAGGAAGACGAUGAGGAUGACGGAGCGGCGACGGCUCGACCGGCGCGAAGCCCGCCGCAAGUGCUCGAGGACCUCGAAGACGACGACGACGACGACGACGACGUGAGGGAGGAGGAUGUGGCGUUGGUGCCCACGUUGUCUCGGCCCGUGAACAAAGAGUUGGUGCAGGAUGUCGGUGCCGAGGCCAUGACGGGCGUGAAUAACGUUACGCUCCACGAGUGA